AUGUCAACCCCAGAGCUGUUCCAUUAUUCGGAAACUCACCGGGUGUUAAUUUGUACCUCGUGUCGUUAUGCCGUUCAGCCGGCCGCCCUAGUCCGCCAUCUGAAGGAUAUUCAUCAUCUAUCUAGCGACAAACGUCGGCAUUUUGAUGCCUACAAGAAGACUCUCCGACUGAAGAGUCCAGAAGAAGUGAAACCUCCUCUCCCGCAAGACUUCCCAGUACCUUACCUGCCGGUUGAGAAAGGAUGGCAAUGCGAAUUCACUGGCUGCGACUACCUGUGCGUCUCGAAAAAGCGUAUGGAGACUCACUGGCCCGCAGAGCAUGGGCGCAAGGGUCUAACGAGCCGCGACUGGAGUCCUACAUUAGUACAGACGUUCUUCCGAGGUAACAUGCUCAAAUACUUCAGUAGAGAUUCCAGGUCUCGCCUUGCCGCCACGACCCAAAUGACUCCCGCAAAACAUCCAGAGAGAAUAGUCGCAAACAUUCAAGACGAGAUGAUAUCCCAAUCCAAGUUGCAGUACGUCAGGAAAAUUCAGCAAAAGUACAGUCUUGACUCGGUCGACUGUUGGAUAUUACAUCAAUAUUUGACUUCCACCUACAAGAGUUUUGCAAACGACGAUGAAACCGAACAUAUCUGGAGAGAGGUCGUUCCAGACCUCGCACAUGGUAAUAAAUUUCUACUGCAUGGCUUGCUUGCUUGCACGGCGCAAUACAUGAUCCAUAUGAAUUUCCCACAACCACAAGAGCUCAUCCUACGAGCUUGUUCACACCAGGACUAUGCUCUCCCAGCCUUCCGAGAAGCGAUAGAUAACCCAACAAAUGAUAACUGCGACGCGAUGAUGACGUUCGCGUACUUAUUGGUUGUCUACAUGUUUGCCACCUCCUCCGCGAAUUCAUCCGACUCUCUUUUGUUUGUCGCGAACAGUACCGAUUGCCUGCAAAACAACUCCAUAGUGCCACUAUGGCUUGUUUUUCUUCGUGAUGGUUGUGCAAUGCUUUGUGAUGUAUGGGAUAGGAUUGAGUCUGGGCCCCUUGCUACUUUGGCCGCUGCCUGGGAAUUGGAUACCUACGAUGGAAAUGACCUACCAUAUUGGACGCACUUUUCAAAUGUCGCCUUAGAAUGUUCUUCCUGGUCAAAAGAAGAAGUAAGAAUAUACGGAGAUGCAUCUCUUUUACUGGCGCGUUGCUUUGCCACUAUGGAACGUGAGCCGAAUGACUCUUGGGUAACCACCUGGAAAAUCCUGGGGUUAUGGCCUAUGCGGGUAGAGUCAGAGUUCAUGACACUUCUUUACAGUCGUCAACCGGGAGCUCUGAUACUUUUGGCAUAUUACUGCAUCAUCCUCAAGAAAAUGGAGCGUUACUGGUAUUUUGAAGGAGGAUCGGCAAAGUUGAUGCUAUCGAUUGUGAAUGUUCUAGAACAGAGAUGGCACCCUUUCAUCCGAGAGCCAGUUGACCUAAUCCUCGAGAAUUAA